UAACUGUUUCAGUCGUGUGUCGAUGUCUGUUCCUAAGCUUAUACAUGAGUGUCCAGUUGAGCAAAAUUAAAUGAUAUUCUUCGGACGCGUCGACGCGCAUUUUAUUUGUAUGUCAAGGAGUUAAGAUACUGGAGAACCAUAAGCUCGACUAUAAGACACUUUUGACAGUACUUUGACAGGAGAUCUAAAAUAGAAAUAUAUAUGUCUGAUAAAUGGACAGUAAAUAUAUGUGCAUUUGAUACAUAUUAAUAUAAUAGACAGUUCUGAUAGUAAAUAAUAAUAUCUAGAUCGAGUAUUAAGGAGUGGGGAUAGUCGAAUAUUAAACAGAGAUAGCGUGCUUUUCAGAAGUCUGUGAAGUCUGAUAGAGAUCUGUGUCUCUAACUGAUUGGAAGAUUGUGUAUACGAGAUAUUAUUCUCUUUGAAAUCUUACGAUUUUUGAGAAAGAAAUCGCUGCGAAUCGGAAAUAUGACGACGACAGAUGAGAUUAAUCCGUUUUAUCAUUCUCUGAGUGGUGACAGGCAGGAUGAUGAGAAAUUGUUGGAACCGAUUAAAUAUAUUAUUCAACUUCCCGGAAAGCUAAUAAAUCAGAAAUUAGCCCAGGCUUUUAAUUAUUGGCUAAAAAUAUCGUCCGAUAAAAUACAAGCAAUCGACGAAAUAAUAGUCAUGAUCUACAACUCAUGCCUUUUGAUUGAUGAUAUUGAAGAUAAUUCUAUUUUACGAAGAGGUGCUCCUGUCGCUCAUUCUGUUUAUGGAAUUUCUAGAUCAUUAAACGCUGCAACUUAUGCCUUAUUUGUCGCCAUGGAAAAAGUUAUUAAUUUGCAUCCUACAGCAAUAAAAGUGUAUGCGGAACAAAUGUUGGAACUUCAUAGAGGUCAAGGAAUGGAGAUUUUUUGGCGGGAUAAUUGCAUCUGUCCAAGCGAGGCAGACUACAAGAUUAUAGCAAUAAAAAAGAUGGGUGGUGUCUUUAACUUGAUAGUAAAAUUAAUGAAAUUGUUUUCAACUUACGAAGAAGACUUAUCAUUACUAGUAGCUACUUUGGGUUUAUACUUUCAAAUACGUGAUGAUUAUGGCAAUUUGAAAGCCGAUAAGUAUACCGAAAAUAAGACUUAUUGCGAUGAUUUGAGUGAAGGAAAAUUCAGCUUUCCCAUUGUUCAUGCGAUUACAACGAAUCCUGAUCAUAGCGAAAUAAUAAAUAUUCUGAAACAACAAACCAGAGAUAUCGAAACGAAACGUUGUUGCAUUAAAUUGUUAGAGAAAUUUGGCUCUUUCAAAUACACGAGAAAUGUACUUAAAAAGUUGGACAUGCAAGCGAGAGCUGAGAUUGAACGUUUAGGAGGCAAUCCAUUUUUGAUACAAAUUUUAGACGAGCUCAAGCAUUGGGAUUAUUGGAACUAAAGAAGCAACCAAAGAUCUUUUAACUGGAACAUUUAAAAUUUACAAAGGAAAGAUAUGUGUCAAAUUUGUAUAUUUCUUUAUCAUCUUAUGUAAAACAGUAAAUUUUUAUAAUGUUACCUAUUGAGUGAUUUAUUAUUGAUUAUUAUGGCAAAAGAAAAUAAGGGAUUAUAUAAAAAAAAAAUGAUAUAUGGAAAAAUUAAUAAAAAAUACAGAUCAAAAUUUCUUGAUAAAAGGCUUUGUAUUGUAAAAAGAAAAAAAAUAUUAUAACUAAUACAAGAUAUUUACUUCCUGGAAAAAAAACUGGUAAAAAAAAAUUCUCAUGGAAUUUUUAUGGAAUUUUAUUGAAACUUGGAGAAUUUUUUUAAAAAUUGUGUUCUUGAUUAUUUUUAUUCUUAUAUUGCAAGCAGUCGCUAAUCGGCUGAUUGGGCAAGUUAACAAUGGCAUAUGUGUAUCGUAUGUGUACGUAAAUUUAUUAAUAUUAUUAAUUUACAAUUUAAUACAUUUCAAUUAAAUGCUACUUCUAUAAUCUUGUUUAUUAAUAAUUGUUUUUUAUACAACAUAACUUUUGCGCAUGAUUCAUACAUCAUUCAAGUG